AGAUGCUGCUAUAAUUCGGGAACUUCCACUGCUUUGCUUAUUUUGCUUUACUCUCUUCUUUCCACUCUAAUGCAAAUUGAACUUCCCCUAUUUUGCUAAUUUGCUUCACUCUCUAAUGGGUGUUUUGGAUUUCAUUUACGCAACAGCCCAUUCGGUCAGUCAAAAUAGCAAAAAACAUGUCGAUAAUUUCUUUUCCACCUCUUACUCUUACGGAUGUGCUGCCGCCGGCCAGAUCGGUAACGCCGUGCAAAAGCUAAACCGGCAGUUGCAGAAAGAGGAUACUCGUCGAAUUGCCGCCGAUGUUGCCAAGAAUACCACCGUUUUUGCCUGCCGUUAUGGUCUUAAAACUGUCUUACCAGAGGAACUUGUGAAUAUUGUUGUGCCGCCAUCUGCUUAUGCUGUCAACAAAUUGAUGAAUCUGGAAAACAAAGAAUUAAUGAAAUUAAAAUCUGAAUUGGAUGAUCAUAAACAGGAGGUAAAAGAAUUGCGAGUUGUGACAAAGAAAAUGGAGAAAGAACUCGAGAGUUUAAGAAAAGAUCAAGAUCACAAAUUAGAGAGACAAAGAAAAUAUCAAAAUCACAAAAAGGUCUUUCGUUAGCAGGAGUACGGUGCUGAAUUUGGUCUAGUGAUGAUGGCACAUUCCUUUCCUAGUGGCAUUCUGUCUUAAUGUUAUUCUAAGAUAAUUGUUAUACCUUGUAGAACGCUGUGUGUGUGUAUGUGUACCAAGUAAUUAUGUGGAUAAUGUUUUGUGUAUUUGAGGGUUGAUUGUCUUUCCCAUCUUCUAUCCUAUUUAUGUGUAGGAGCAGGACAUGCUGAUUUGGAGUUUGGCUUGAUUCCCCCUUUUGACAUGCAUAUUAUUGGUGAGGCUACUCUUUCCUUUUGUUUAUUUUGAGAUAUGGUUUAUCCUUUGCUUGUUUAUGGAUAAUGGAUUGAACCUAAUGUUUUGGAAGGAUU